CAGACACGCCCAGACAUGAUCCGUAAACUUUACCGUAGGAUACACAUUUUAAAGGAUGGGGUCUCAGGACGCUGCAGGGAGCGGAGACUGUCCUUUUUGUGAAAUAGCGAAGAACAACACGGACACAGAGAUCCUGCUCAGCGAUGAUGAACUGCUCUGUUUUCGUGACAUUAAGCCCGGUGCCACACAUCAUUACCUCAUUAUUCCCAGGACACAUAUCGACAACUGUAAGACUCUCCAAGCAGACCACAUUCCUCUAGUGGAGAGGAUGGUUCAAAUGGGAUGGCAAGCUCUGGAGAAGAAUAAAGUCAAUGACACAGAUGAUGUCAGGAUGGGGUUUCAUGUACCUCCAUUCUCAUCAGUUCCUCAUCUUCACCUCCACACACUGGCUCCAGCUAGUAAGAUGGAUUUCAAGUCCCAGAUUCACUACGGGCCAAAGUCUCACUGGUUCAUCACAGUGAGUAGACAAAGUGCUGACUCAGCUGAAAGUUCGGGGCAAGGUUAAAUGAAGCCAUAAAAGGAGUCUAAAAGGGCAAGAGGGUUUUUUUAUGUUAACACUUUUUUACUGUCAUUGUGACUUCGUGCAAUUUUUUUUCUUUUUUUUAAGAUUUAUUUUUGGGCUUUUUUGUGCCUUUAUUAGAUAGAGGAGGACAGUGGAUAGAGUCGGAAACAGGGUCAAGAGUGGGGGAGAGACAUGCAGUAAAGGGCCUUAGGCCAGAUUCGAACCCAAGCCGCCCGCGUACAUGGGGAGUGCCUCUAACCACUAGGCCACCUGCUCCCCAACUUAGUGCAAUUUUAACUCAGUUUUAAAACACUCUGGCAUGUUGGUUUAGAAUGAUGCGUUUUCUCUCUAUGAUUUAGUUGUACAGAAAACUAGUAAGGAAAUUAGUUUUAUGGUUGAAAGUUGUAAAAGUUCAACCUCUGAAGCUGCCUGUUCUCGUCAAAUGUCGUGUUCAGACGGACAAUCAAUGAGGGAAGAAUUAGAGCUCUAAAAAUAAGCAUUAUUUAUAUAAGAAAGCUUGAAAUCAUACCUCGAUGAAGUCUGAUUAUACUAAAUUUAAUUGGUAUAAUGAAGUACAGUUAGGCUAUACUUUGCACAUGUCUGUUUACUUGUUUUUGAUCCCUUUGAAAUACUAUUGAUGCUCUGAAGCAUUCAGACAAUAAUUCUCAACUGGUGUAGCUUCAGGACCAAACACAGUCUUUUUUUUUUUUUUUAAAGAUUUAUUUUUGGCCUUUUUGCCUUUAUUAGAUAGGGCAGUGGAUAGAGUUGGAAACAGGGAGGAGAGCAGGGAGAGACAUGCAGAAAAUAGUGCCACGGGCCGGAUUUGCGCCUGCGUAUAUGGCAUGCGCCUUAACCACUUGACUACCGGUGCGCUGAAACACAGUCUCUUUAAUGACAGAUCUAAAACAUCUGAAUGUUUUCAACCACUCAUAUUCAUUUAAUGAAAAAAAUGGUUCAGCUUGGACCUUUAAUAGAACAGAGCCUAUGAAAGAAAAAAAUAACACAUUUUAAUUGAUUCCCCUGUGAUAACCUGUACAUUUUUGGCAAUUUUCCAGAGAUUCUGAGAUAUUACCUCAGUAUCAAGGAAAACUUAAAAAAAAAAUUUUUUAUCAGGGACACAUUCACAACCAAAUUAAACAGCUCUGACCACUUUUCGGUCCCAUCCCACCAGUUGAGAAACACUGCACUAAGGUAAAAACUGACUAUUAAAAGUGAUAUAUUGUUAUAUAUUAUUACAAUUAAAUAAAAAGGUAAAGUCCUCCUAACAAACUGCUGUGGUUUCUUUUUCAGUCACUACCUCCACUCAAAAUCAUGUCUAAUGAUGUAAAAAUGAAUACCUGCUCUGCUGAUUUCAAGGCAGAUUUAAACAUUGGAUUCAUAUCUUUAACAGACUUGCUCCAAAGUUUGGGAGUGCUUUUCACAGUGAUCUGAGCAGACUAGCAGUAGCUAAAGCUAGUAAGUGCAUGCUAAACCCACAGUCUGUGUUU